UGUAAAGUGAAUCCAAAAAAAAGAGAAGAUGAGAAAACUAAAGUAAUUCUAAAGCAGAGCAUAUGAAAAAGACAUAUCAGCUUCCACCUCUUCUUCUUCUUCUUCACUUUGCUUCCAUUUCCAUCUAACUCCCUUUUGAUUAUUCUACUUCUCCACUUACACCCCCCACCCCCAUCUGUCUCUUGAAGCAGAGAACAAGUUUUAAACAUAUAGAUUUGGGCAUGUCUUCUAUGCGCAGCCCAAAUUCUUUUCCACCAUAUGAUAAUUAUAGGGAUUGUUCUCAAGGAAUUUGCAGCACAUAUUGCCCACAAUGGUGCUACUUCUUCUUCCCUCCCCCACCUCCUUUUGCUCUUGAUGACAAUUCUGGUCCCAACUUCUCCCCUCUCAUCAUAGCCCUCAUUGCCAUCUUGGCAAGUGCUUUCCUAUUGGUAACUUACUACAUCCUCAUCUCCAAGUAUUGCAAGAGAAGAAGAGAUCAAAGCUCAAUUGCAGAAAUUGAAUCGAAUCGCAAUCAAAUCAACCAUCAUGACCAAUGGCAAGUCGCUUCACCCGGGUUGGAUGAGGCACUAAUCGAAUCCAUCACGGUUUGUAAGUACAAGAAAGGAGAUGGGUUGGUUGAAGGCACAGAGUGCGCGGUUUGUCUCGGUGAAUUUCAAGAAAAUGAGAGCCUCCGGCUAUUGCCAAAGUGUAACCAUGCUUUUCACCUCCCUUGCAUUGAUACUUGGUUGAAAUCUCACUCGAAUUGCCCUUUAUGCCGUGCUAGUGUUGUACAAAGUUCUUCUAGUCUUAACAUAUUGUCUCUUGAAAUUCAUCGUGAAAAUGAUCUGAUCAUGGUGGUAGAUGAUCGAGAGAGGGUUGUUCGAGGGGAAGAGGUGGUUUUUGGCCUUGUUAGUGAUGUUGUUGCUCCAAAGGACACCUUUCAAGCUGUCAAUGAGGGUGUUGAACAAUUAAGAAGAUCAGUUUCACUCGGUUCAUUUUCAAGUAUGUCACACAUUAAUGAAGAUGUAGAUAUGCAAAUGAAAAUCCACCAAUUGUCAACCGGCAUUGGAUCGUCACAAGGAAUCCGAGGAAAAAGCUGGGAAAAUUAUGGAAAUCAGGUCUUCGAUUUGGUUAAAAGCCCUGCUGCUGCAAUGAAAAGAUCAAUAUCAACUGGGAAGUUCAUGUUUCCCAACUGAUUUUUUUAUUUCAUUACUAUUUUCUGCGAUCUGUGCGUCAUGGAUUCAAAUUACAGAAUAGGACUCUGCAACUAUCCUUUUGUUUUGUGUGUGCAUAAUACAACAUUUUUCUGUACACUUAGCAUAUUAACAUCCUGCUUUUAUGUGUUUUUCUUAUAUCUAGCAUUUUAUCAUAUGGUUAUUUGCUUAGUUGAUACUUAGUUGAUACAUCUCUAUGAAUGCCAGUGGAUAGUGGUUGUGCUGUUCAAUUUGAAAUAAAAUUGAUUUUCAUGUUUGUAAA